UUGAAUCCAAACAGUGCUGGUACGACAAAGAAGACAGAGACUCUUGUUGGGACAGGGGAUUUUGCUGCACAAAGAUGUCAGACUAAUAACUACAAAGGAAUCUCUGUACAGGAGCAAAGUGACCGGAUGAGGGAGAUUGAAGCUUUGGGAGCACAACUAAAGGAGUCACGAGAGGAACUGGACAAGAGCCACGAAGAAACAAAGAAGUUGUACGGUGAAUUGAGUCAGUCAGAAGCCAGGAGAGAGGAGGCAGAGAGGAAGGCAGCAGAUGCAGCUGAAAAGGUGAUGAGACUGACUGAUGUAGCCAGUCAGAUGGAAGAAACCAGGAGGGAAAAUGAGAGCCUCACCAUCCAGGUGAAGGAGCUGCAGAGCAAACUGACAGGCCUGGUCAGGGAGAAGACUGAUGCUCUGUCACUGAAGACACAGAUAGAGGAGCAAUACAGCAUCCUCACAGCUCAGCUCAAAGCUAAGACGGUGGCGCUUGAGGAGCUGAACUCUGAGUAUAUCGCUCUAAAACGAGGACAGGGCAGCAAGGAUGAUCUGAGCACUGCUCUCAUGUCACUCCGGACACGUUACAACGACAUCAGAGCGAAGUAUGAUGCACUCCUGAAAAAGAAGAGCCAGACAGAUCUGGAUGUAGCUCCUUUAAAGGCCAAGCUGUCGUGCCUGGUAGUGAAGUGUCAGGAGAGGAACAACCUCUUAGUUCAGAUGUUGAAAGCCAUUCACAGACAAGGGUGCGUAGACUCCACGCUCACACAGCAGGUCGAGCAGCUGCUCAGUGACACUGCUCUGCAGGAAUACACAGCAGCAUUCACACCAGGAAGCGUCGUAAAGACUGGGGAUUACAGCGCCGGGUUUACACCGAGAUUUAUUUCAAAGUUUCAAGACUACUCCAGUGGAUUUAAAGCUGAUCAGACCUGCGCUGCUGCAUCCACACCUGCACAGGAGCAACGCCAAAAUGGAUUCACACCUGAAUCUGGAGUAAAAUGCAGAGACUUUAAAAGUGAGAAACACAUUUCUAUAGCCACGACUGAGUCAAAUCUUCAAGACUGUAGGAGUGAAGUCUCAGCUGCACCAACAGGAUCGCUCAAGAAAAAUGCCAACUCACCUGUGCCAACCGUACCAGUGCAAGAGAAUGCCAGUGUCGCAGCGACACCUGUUCUUCCAGCUCUGAAAGAUAACUUGAUCACCAACAAAGCACAGCUGUCUCCCUUGGCCAGUCGACCAAUCCAAGCAAUCACUGGUCCAGAGAAAUGUGGAUUUCAUCAUCCAGAUGUGAAAGGAAAGUCUUCCCCAGAUCUGAUGAGUUCAGCUGGAUCCUCACUGAGUCCUAUUCCUCCAUCCUCCAGCAAACACGUCGGUCCGAGCAGGAGGCUGAGUAGUCCUGAGAAGAUCAUCAACCUGCAUGAGCAACUGCAGAAGACUCUGAUGAGCAGCUAUCAGAAGGCUCCAGUGAGCAGAGGAAGAGGACAUGAGCCCAGGACAAGUCUCUCAUUUUCAGCUCCUGCAGAUCUGAACCUGGCCUCUCAGACAAACAAGCAGAGCCUCAGUUUCAAUAAACCACAUUCCAACUCUCUCCCAGUCACCACUGCUUCAAGCCAACCUCACCACUCUCCUGUAGUAACACCUAAACCUGCUGCCACGAAUAAGUCAACAACACUUUUUAAUGCAGUUGCUUCCAGAUCUGCUAAUGUUACAUUUAACUCCAACAUCUUUACUUACCAACAUUUAAAAGCGGACGUAUCUAAAACUACAGCGUCUGCUCUUUCUAGCUCAUCCAACUGCCCUUUUGCUGCUAUGGCACCUAAUGAAGCCAAAUCCACCUCAAACAGUGGCACUAAAAUGACAAUAUCCCCAAAAGUGACAAAGCAAGUCACCGCUAUCGCCAGCGUAUCUGAUGCAAGACAUACAGCUUCAACUCCUUUAACUCUGAGGACCACUACCUAUGACUCUAAUGUCUUAAUAUGUUCUGACACUAAUUCAAAGACCUCUGCCUCAGACAUGACUGCCCCUGGCAAAUCAACUGCCCCCAACUUUAAUAUUUCUAAUGGUGCUGCCCCUCCAUAUGAUGGACUUGUAUUCACUGCAUCUGGGACUCAAUCAGCUCAUCGCUCUCCUGAGAGAUCCAACAAGUCUGCCAGAAGGACCACUGCUGCCCAAGAUAAGACAAAGACAACAAGACCUGGACCAGAAGCUCCAGCAGAGGUGCGCUCUGUUGAGGUCAUCAAAACAGUGGGCCAGAGCAGCCUCAUGAUUGGCUGGGAGAGGCCACCGCUCGACGAGCUGGGCUGCAGUAACGGCACGUUUGUGUACGGAUACAGGGUGUUCAUAGAUGGGGACUUCCACAAAUCUGUCAUGAGCUCAGCGUGCACCAAGUGUAUUGUAGAGAAUGUCGACCUAAGUGUCCCAGUCCAUAUCAGUGUCCAAACGUUGGGAUCUAAUGGUCUGAGUUCAAACAGCGUCCACAUAAUGUACAGGACCUCAGUCAGGGCAGACCAGCACUGACUGACUACAACAUCUCACACUGUGGUUUAGAUCAACAAUGUCUCUGUACAGUUUUGACAACUUCUCAGUGAAAACCUUCCUCACCAGGCCGAGGUGUGAAUGCUAUCUAUAGCUAUCUAUAGCAACCCUCUGAGGGACUGUCCUAACUUCCACCUCAGCGGAGACACCGUCACACUGCUGGAAUACACUCUCCACGUGAGGCUCAGGUCAACCAAUCAGAAAAGCUCAGCUCACGUGGUCAUUACCUAUGAGCAUGUAGUGACCUGCAACUAGCCACUAAACCUCAAAAUGAUUAACUGAAGAUGUCAAACUAAAUACCGCAUAAGAUUCCUGGCUCUGCGCUGAGAGUUAAUCUGCAUGUAAAAGCAUGUGAGGAUUGGCCCCAUCCUUGUUGGAAGAACUUCCUGUUUCAGAGUCCCACCUACUGGAUUCACCUCAUGAAUGCCAGGUGAAAGGCCAGAGCAGCUGCCAAUCAAACAAGUCUGAAAAACAACUGCAAGCAAAUGUUGAUAAAGCCAAGCUCAGUCACACUGUCAAAAGCUGCCUGUGACCCCUACAUUUACUAACACAGGAGGGACAUCUGCAUCUGCUGCACACUUUUACACUGUGUUAAACUCCAACAGAUUGUGUGUCACAUUGCUUCAUUGAAGAUCCCCACUGCUGCCUCUCUGGACUCUGUGACGUGAACAGCCGGCUGAUGGGACAUUUACUGUCUGAAAAGUGUUUUUUAAAGCAACACUUGCUGUAUAAUGUGCCGACACAACAUUUACCCGCGGGUCAUCUUACUUGAUUUUUACACAUGAAGCCAAAUAUGAGAAAAGAAGAUUCACUCCAAAGACUGAUCUGUUUCCUACUCCUCAUAGGUCUACGUGAUUUCUUUAAACACAAAAGCCAGAUGUUAUUUUAGUUCUAAAAUUUGCACACAAUCAUUAAUUUAAAAAAAGAGAAUACCACUGAUAUUUUUUGUAGAGAAUAUUAUAAAAAAUAUGCCAAUGGUGUAUUCAAGAUUAUACCACAUAUGUCUUUUUGUAUGAGUGACACUUUGUCUUUCAUACCUAAUCGAUGUCAUGUUUGCACGCUCACAUUGACUUUUGUUUUAUACAAAGUUCACAACACACACGUGGUGUUCUUUUGCUACUUACUGUAUGUACGAGUGUGGAGUGACCAUGGUGCAGCAAAUGUAUUUUUCUAUCAGUAAUUGAUAAUAUUGAUUUCCCAUUUAUUGCUUUCAACUGUAUAGAGAA